AUGUCAUUGAAGCUACCUCAAAACCCCAAUGCUGGAUUAUUCAAGCAAGGUUAUAGUAGUUACUCCAACGCUGAUGGCCAAAUUCAUAAGUCCAUUGCCGCAAUCCGUGAGAUUCACCAAAUGUGUUUAACUUCUAUGGGUCCAUGUGGUAGAAAUAAGAUUAUUGUAAACCAUUUAGGUAAGCAUAUUAUUACUAAUGACGCUGCUACAAUGCUAAGAGAGCUAGAAAUUGUUCAUCCCGCAGUUAAGGUACUGGUUAUGGGCACAGAACAACAAAAAAUUGAUAUAGGAGAUGGUACCAAUCAUGUUAUGAUUCUUGCGGGAGAGUUAUUGAAUGCGAGUGAGAAGUUGAUUGCGUUAGGAUUAUCACCAGUUGAGAUAAUCCAGGGCUACAAUAUGGCAAAGAAGUUUACAUUUGAAGAAUUGGAUAAAAUGGUUGUAGCAGAAGUUCUUGAUAAGCAUGACAAAAAUGAGCUUAUCAAAGUUAUUAAGCCUGUGAUCGCUUCUAAGCAAUAUGGCGCGGAAGAUAUCUUGAGUGACUUAGUCUCUGAGGCUGUUUCUUACGUAUUGCCAACCAAAUCUAACUUUUUCAAUGUCGACUCUAUCAGGGUUGUCAAAAUUAUGGGAAGUUCUUUAGCAAACUCUACCGUUGUAAAGGGUAUGGUUUUCAACAGAGAACCAGAUGGACAUGUUAAAUCACUACCUGAAGGUCAAAAGCACAAAGUAGCUGUCUACACCUGUCCAAUUGACAUUUCUAAUACAGAAACUAAGGGUACCGUGUUAUUACAUAAUGCUCAAGAAAUGCUAGACUUUAGUAUAGGUGAGGAAAAGCAGCUAGAUUCGAUGAUCAAGGAAAUUGCAGACGCAGGGGUUGCAUGUGUCAUUGCUGGUAGCGGUAUUGGGGAAUUGGCACUGCACUAUUUAAACAGAUAUGGUAUAUUGGCCUUGAAGGUGCCUUCUAAGUUUGAGUUGAGAAGGAUUUGUAGAGUUUGUGGUGCUACCCCAAUGCCAAGAUUGGGUGCUCCAACUGCGGAGGAGGUAGGUAUCGUUGAAACUGUGAAGACAAUGGAAAUUGGUGGUGAUAGAGUAACGGUGUUCAAGCAAGGCAAUGAGGAGUCAACUAGAACUGCAACCAUAGUUUUGAGAGGUGCCACUCAGAAUAACCUGGAGGAUAUUGAAAGAGCAAUUGAUGCAGGUGUUGCAGCAGUGAAAGGUUUGAUGAAACAUGAUGGUGGGAAACUGCUUCCAGGCGCUGGUGCUACCGAAAUUGACUUAGUUGCUAGAAUUACAGCUUAUGGCGAGAAGACUCCAGGGUUGAUGCAACUUGCUAUUAAGCAAUUUGCAGCCGCCUUUGAAAUAUUCCCAAGAACAUUAGCUGAAACAGCUGGUUUGAACGUUAACGAGAUUCUACCUAAUCUUUACGCUGCCCAUGUUCAAGUAGAGGGUGACGAUGCAAGCACGAAAUUGAGUAAGCUUCACUACGGCAUUGAUAUUGAAGGAAAUUCAAGUGACUGUUUGAUAGAUAUAAGGGAGAAUGGUAUUUACGAUUUACUCGCAGCGAAGAAGUUCGCUGUGAACGUAGCUACCGAGGCUGCCACAACCGUUCUAUCAGUUGAUCAGAUAAUCAUGGCUAAAAGAGCUGGUGGUCCUGCAGCACCACAACGUCCAAAACCAGGUAAUUGGGAUCAGGAGGACUGA